GUAUUUCCUUCAUUUCCUGCAUUAGUUCGUUCCAUCUUGCUUAACUGAACACAGCCCAGCUAUUUAACCGUUUAACGGUGUACAUACCAAGAAAAACACGAUUACAAGCUUAGAAUGGCGUAUGGACUAACUUGAAUCGGUCCUUUGAGCCAUAUAUGCACCAAAUCAACCAAGUUUGAAUCUUGUUAAAUCUCGGAAUAAAAUAUGCGACCAGAAAUUUUUAAACAGAUCUUGAGAUCGUCUGGAUUGUAUAAUGUAAAUCAGAUUUUACUUGGUAUAGCAAGAAGAAGUGGUAUAACUUUUAACACAAUUCAACAUCAAAAUAUAGAAGCAUUUAGUACAGUAGCAGAUACGAAAAAAUGGGAUUUAUACAGUGCUAUUUGUUUAGAACGUCAUCCAAUUAUAACAUCACCAAUGCAAGAAGUAGAAGCAAAAUUUUCUAAUUUGCUAAGGAAAAUUGAAUUUGAGAACAGUUUAAAGAGCAAUCACGAACUAAGAAUAGAAAGGGAAGAGAAACAAAAGCUAAGUAGUGAUGACACCAAUUUAAAUAAAAGUGAAAUCAUAAUGCAAACUGCACAAGAUUUUGAAGAUAGUUGUCAAGAAGAACUAAACAAUUUUAAAUUUGGAUCGACAAUUACAAAAUUUGACAAACAAAAUAUAACGUCAUCUCCACAACGUAAAUUGGACAAAUGUUUACUUCUAUUAGUACAACAAAAAGUUGGAAAUGGAUAUUAUUGGAUUCCUCCUCAAGGCAUUCGACAGGAUGGAGAGUCGAUGAGACAAGCCGCGGAAAGAAUAUUGCAAGAUGCAUGCGGUGACAACAUAAAAGUAAAAUUUUAUGGUAACGCACCUAUUGGAUUUUACAAGUACAAAUAUCCCAAAAAGCUUGCCACACAGGAAAGUUAUGGUGCUAAGGUGUUCUAUUUUCUGGCAAAGUAUGAGCGCGGAGACAUUACUAAUAAUGUUAAACAUCAAUGGCUGGAUCACGAGGAAUUAGAAAAAGUACUACCUAAUGGAGUAAAAAAGAGUAUUUCACAGUUUAUAUUAUUUACAUAAAUAAAAAUAUAUUCU